AUAUUGGAGGUUAUGCAACAGGAGGCACUGUCCACGAAUAAGGGUGAAAUCUGCCUGAAGAUACUCGCCCAUAAUAAUUUAAUUGGUCGCAUUAUUGGCAAGAGCGGUAACACUAUUAAACGCAUUAUGCAGGAUACGGACACGAAGAUAACCGUUAGCUCAAUUAAUGACAUUAAUAGCUUCAAUUUGGAGCGGAUCAUAACGGUGAAGGGCUUGAUUGAGAAUAUGUCACGUGCGGAAAACCAAAUCAGUACCAAGCUGCGCCAAAGCUAUGAGAACGAUCUGCAGGCGAUGGCGCCUCAGAGCCUUAUGUUCCCCGGUCUGCAUCCCAUGGCAAUGAUGUCGACACCGGGCAACGGCAUGGUCUUCAACACGAGCAUGCCGUUCCCCUCGUGUCAAAGCUUUGCCAUGUCCAAGACACCGGCCAGCGUGGUGCCACCGGCCUUCCCCAACGAUAUGCAGGAGACGACAUAUCUGUAUAUACCGAAUAAUGCCGUUGGGGCAAUCAUUGGCACCAAGGGAUCGCACAUACGCAGCAUAAUGCGCUUCUCAAGCGCAUCCCUCAAAAUUGCGCCCCUCGACGCCGACAAGCCGCUGGACCAACAAACGGAGCGCAAGGUCACGAUUGUUGGCACACCGGAGGGUCAGUGGAAGGCGCAGUACAUGAUAUUUGAAAAGAUGCGCGAGGAGGGCUUCAUGUGCGGCACCGAUGAUGUCCGCCUUACCGUUGAGCUACUUGUCGCCAGUUCUCAGGUCGGACGCAUCAUUGGCAAGGGCGGACAGAACGUGCGUGAGCUGCAACGUGUGACGGGUAGCGUCAUUAAGCUGCCAGAACAUGCGCUGGCGCCACCUUCAGGCGGCGAUGAGGAAACACCUGUACACAUCAUUGGGCCAUUCUACAGCGUUCAGUCCGCACAGCGACGAAUUCGCGCCAUGAUGCUAUCGACAAAUCCGCCACCAGUGACCAAAAAACAGAAAGCUGCCAAAGAACAACAAUUGCAACAACAGCAACAACAACAACAACAACAACAACAACAGCAACAACAGCAGAACCUAGCCGGCGCUGCGCCAAGUGGGACUCAACAACAGCAGCAACAGUCGCCGUCGCAGCAGCAGCAGCCGCUGCCGCCGCAAUCGCAUCAUCAAUCGUCGGCGUCGUCGUCGUCGGCGCCACCUGCGCAUCACCAGCAGCAGGCGUCGUCGACAGCGUCCUCACAUCAAUUGCAGCAGCAGCAGCCGUCGCCGCCGCCCGGCAACGCAUCGGCCGCCACCCAACAGCAGCAGCAGCAACAGCAGCAACAGCAGCAGCAGCAGCUGGCGAGCUCCCAGCAGUAAGCUGCAUGCAUGGGGAUAGGGAAGGGCCAGAUGGGGGGGGGGGCAACCCAAAUAGAACAGCAAACAACUUGAAUAACAACACCAAUAAUACAUUAAUAGCAAUAGCAACAACAACAAUAACAACAACAUUUGGAUUUGCCGUGGCAGUUUUCCAUAAACUUUUAUUCCGCUUUAUAUAAUCAGGCAGCAGCAACAACAACAACAAGAAAAGGAAGAAGAAGAAGAAGAUGAACUCUCGUCCCUCAACUUCGACAAACUCGUAAACGCGCUAAAUGCCUGCCCCUCGACUACUGGCAAGGGCAGUAGCAAAGUAAAUUCAAAAUCAUUCAAAAAAUAUAACAGAAUAUAACAGCAACAACAACAGUAACAGCAAAUCGCGACCGCAACAACA